CUUUCCCCUCUUCCUCUCCUCGAUUCCCAUCUCGAUUUUCAUACUUACACCCAUGCUUAACCACCUCUACUACCCCUACAUCCAUCUUCCGGACCUAUUCAACCUACAAUAUAUUGCCAUUCUCGACCCUUAUUGACGCGGCACCUCGUGAUUCUCUACCUCGGCCGAUAUCUACCUUCUUCUCCCUCCUCCUCUACUGGAUAUUUAUGAACUGGCCAGGAUAACGCCCUAUCUAGAGUCGGAUCCCCAGUCGGGCGCCGCCGCAGUAGCCCGAGCGAUAUGGCGGGAGACGACCCCCAGGGCGCCCAGGUUGAGCGCAACCAAGGCAUCACGUUGAUAGCCUUCAUUACCGCCUUGAACGUCUCGCUUAUCGUCUUCGGUGUCCAGACGGGAGUAUUCCUCUUGUUGAGAAACAAGCUAUCGAGAAUCUUCAAGCCCAAGACGUAUCUCGUGCCGGAACGCGAACGAACUGAGUCACCUCCGAGUAGCCCGUGGGGUAUGAUCCAUGCCUUACUCCGAUUCCGGGAUCGUGAGAUUAUCAAGAAAUGCGGACUCGAUGCCUACUUCUUCCUCCGAUACCUGCAAACUUUGCUGGUCAUAUUUAUACCCAUGGCCCUGGUUUUGAUUCCGAUAUUGGUGCCGAUCAACUACGUAGGCGGCCUUAGCAACAACUUUUCGGCAAACGAUACCGAUUUUUCUGAUCAACUUAAUGGGACCGAUUCUCAGGGGGCCGAUUAUAGCGACCCCAAUUCUCCGAGGUCAAACAUCACCGGCCUGGACACGCUGGCUUGGGGCAACGUAAAAAAGAGCGAGACUAACAGAUACUGGGCGCAUCUUAUCUUGGCUGUGUUCGUCAUCGUGUGGGUUUGCGGUGUGUUCUUCGCCGAGUUGCGGGUUUAUAUUAAAAUCCGUCAGGACUGGUUGACUACCGCCGAACACCGACUCCGAGCUUCAGCGACAACUGUCCUAGUUAGUGGCAUUCCCGACAAGUGGCUGAGCGAGGAAGCUUUGAGGGGUCUCUUCGAUGUGUUCCCAGGUGGAUUGAGAAACGUAUGGCUCACGCGGGACCUGACACAGCUCUUGGAGAAAAUUACCAAACGAGACCAAAUUCACAAACAGCUGGAGGAAGCACUGACGGAGCUUAUUCGGAUGGCCAAGAAGCAGCAAUUGAAAAGAAGAGAGCGGGAUGAGAAGCAAGCUCGCAAGGCAUCAAAGUCUCAGCGUCCUACUAAAGAAGAGAGAUUGGAGCGCCAGAGGAGGGAGGACACCGCAGCAAAGAUCCAAGCCGAAGGUGGUCAAGGUGUAAGCAGCGGAGACCGACAUGAGGUGCCGCACGGCGUUGAUGAUGCCGAGGCUGAGAUCGAAGCUGACGCCCGACGCCAAAGCCUCAGACCGUCUACCGCACACAGCAACAUCUUAUCAACAGGCUUCGCAAAGUUGACCGGCGGGCUAGGGAAAGGCGUUGAUAUCGUGGGUAAAACUGGGCAGGAAAUCUUCGGAGGUGCUAAGAACAUUACCCGCGGCGUCGACGGGAAAAUAGAAACGACAAACGGUUUCAUGCCGAUAGCGUCCCCGAACCAAUCAGCGCCGCCUACACGUGGAUCAGACCGCCGCGUGUGGCUGUCUGACAAAGACGAUCUACCGAGACCGCCGACGCAGGAUUCGGCCCAUCAACGCGCAAGAUCCGAUGAGCCCGUAAUGGGCGCGUCGGCGGCAAAAGCGCGCAACUCCCAGAAUUCCGGAGACUCUAUGCUUCAUAAGGAGAGCGUCGAGAUGCGGCAGUUUGGAAACACAACUCGCAAGCCUACAAACCUGGAGGCCAUGCAGCUCAAUGACCCGAUCCGAUGGUACCAAUUCUGGAAGCCCCCGCCGGGCGGGUACGCAUCUCCUGUUCCUCAAGGCUAUCACAGAGGCGACCGUCUUCCUAGGAAGGAGAAGACUUUCCUGGAGCAGCUCAAGUCGGCUGUGCCGUUCGUUGGUGGCGUAGAGUUGGAGCCGAUAGAAUAUCCUAAAGCCUACAACGAGGAAUGGAAAGACGAUGAAGACAUCGGCGCCGAAUGGACAAAAUGGGUCAAAAAGAAGCAUCGGCCGACCCACCGUCUUGCAAUUUUCGACUGGACGCCCGCGUGGCUCCCGGGGCUUCCUUUUAUAAACAAGAAGGUCGAUACCAUCUACUGGUGCAGGCAAGAACUGUCACGGCUUAACAUGGAGAUCGACAUCGACCAGAAAAGCCCCGAGCGCUAUCCGCUUAUGAAGUCGGCCUUUAUUCAGUUCAACCAUCAAGUGGCCGCUCACAUGGCCUGCCAGAGCGUCACACACCAUGUCCCACGCCACAUGGCACCCCGCACUGUCGAAAUAUCGCCCGAGGAUGUGCUGUGGGAAAACAUGGCUAUGAGCUGGUGGUCCGAGUGGCUUCGAACAGCCGCCGCCGUGAGUAUUGUCGCUGGUAUGAUUAUUCUGUGGACUUUCCCCGUCGCAUUCACGUCUUCGAUAUCUCAAGUCAGCACCUUGACGGACGACCUUCCAUGGCUGAGUUUUAUCGAGGAUAACAAGAUGAUCGGAGAUGUGGUGUCUGGUGUCGCUGGUGUUCUACCGGCUGUUCUCCUCGCCCUGCUUCUCUGGUUGGUUCCGAUAAUCAUGGACUUCCUUGCUGGCUUUAAGGGCGCCAAAACGGGGUCUCAGAAGACAGAAACGGUCCAAAAGUUUUACUUCGCGUUCCUCUUCGUCCAAGUCUUCCUGGUGGUCUCUCUAGCCUCCGGUGCGAUUUCGACUCUGGAAAGCCUAGCGAACAAUCCCACCGGGGUUGCGGACCUUCUGGCAGUGAAUUUACCCAAGGCGGCCAACUACUUCUUCUCCUAUAUGAUUCUUCAAGCUCUAAGUGUGAGCUCGGGUACUCUACUACAGAUCGGCGCACUCCUCAAUUGGUACAUCAUCGCGAGGAUCAUGAACAACACGCCACGAAACAAGUGGUUCACCAACACAAAACUGCCCGAGGUUAAUUGGGGGACUUACUUCCCGGUAUACACCAACUUCGCCUGCAUCGCGUUGAUCUACUCGGUGGUGGCUCCGAUCAUCUCGAUAUUCGCUGUCAUCACCUUUAGUCUUCUCUGGAUGGCGAACAGAUACAGCAUGCUGUACGUUAAUCGCUUCACCAUCGACACCGGAGGUGUGCUUUAUCCACAAGCUAUCAACCAGACCUUCACGGGGCUUUACGUGAUGGAGCUGUGCCUUGUCGGCCUGUUCUUCCUCGUUCGGAAUGAAGAAGGCGAGGUCGCGUGUCUGCCGCAAGCCGUGAUUAUGAUUGUCUCGAUCUUCCUCACCGCCCUCUACCAGAUCCUGCUCAACCGGUCCUUUGGGCCAUUAUUCCGUUACCUCCCGAUCACUUUCGAGGACGAGGCGGUACUACGAGAUGAGGCAUUCCAGCGUGCUCAGGACCGCCGCCUAGGCCUGAUUGGGGAUGAUGCUGACGACGACGACGACGAGCAGACACUCAACAAGGGGGUUACAUCGAGUGACGACGACGACAAGGGCCAACCCACCUCGACGGACAAUCCCCACAACAAACCUGGGACGGGAAACAAGUUCACGAAUUUCGUGCCCGUCAAAGGGAUCGUCCAUGCUAGCACCUGGGCGGCCCGCGGCGGCAAGAGCACAUACAACCGAACGUUUGGCAAGGCCGAGCAAGGGCUUAAGAAUGUCACCAAAUACCGCGGUGAUCGACGACAGAAGGACUUGGAGGCGCAGAGAGCCAUCGGCGAAGCCCUGUAUGGCGGAUUCCACGACGAGAUCGAGGACCUCACCCCGGAGGAAAGAGACGUCCUUGUCCGGCGUGCGUUCAUGCACUCGGCCUUACGGGCUCGGCGGCCGACGGUCUGGAUCCCCCGGGACGACAUCGGAGUCAGCGACGACGAGAUCAAGAGAACGAAGGAGUACAGCGAACACAUCUGGAUCUCCAACGAAGGCACCGCGCUCGAUAGUAAAGUGCGCGUGGUCUACGGCCGGGCGCCCCCAGAUUUCUCGGAACUCGACCUCAUCAGCCUGUAGGGGAGAGUUAGGUCGGAAUAGCCGGAGUGGACGAAGUGUACAUGAGACGGCCACAAGCACGAAGGAAUGACUUGGAGCAAGGCUGCUUUCACGUCUAGAUUCUUAAUGUCACGAAGGGCGAUUUUUUGAUGUUUCGGGAAAGCCUAGCUCGGAUACCGAUUCGGCCCUGCGAGCUUAUCUACUCAUGGAUGCUUCCUGAACUAGAGGCAU